AUGCUCACCAGUGUCGCUCAAUCGCAAGAAAUCUUCUCUCUGAAGACUCGACUCGAUAAAUUCAAAGACCAGCUUCAAUCAUCGGCACCGUCGUCAUGCCAGCAGGUUGUUGUGUGUCCGUCGCCGGAAGAUUCAUCUGGCCAUCCCACGGCGGUGAGCUUGAAGCAUGGCUCUCGAAAAAAGCAAACUCGCAAAGUUCGACUUAAGCUGCCCCCUUUCCUGGGCGGGAAAGUGUGGGAAGUAUACAGCGACAGGGUGCUGACUGAAUGGACAUUUCGAUUGAGAAGUUACAAUGUCAUCCCCGAACUCUCCUUGAUCUUUAUAUAUGCCUGGAAUGGUGACCUUGCAGGAAUCAAGCGGCUUCUCCAAGAGAGGCGGGCUUCUGUCUUUGACUGCGCCCCUAAUGGGUGGACGGCUUUUCAUUAUGCUGCCGGGUUCGGUCGGAAAGAAAUAUGCCGCUUCUUACUUGAUGCUGGUGCAGACCCGUAUGCUAGAGAUGAACGAGGCUUACAACCAGAAGAAAAGAAAAACUCUAAGCAGUCUCAGAUAACAAGCCACAUUACUCCUUUAAGCAGUAGGAGAGAAUAA